AUGUUUUUUUGCCAAAUUCUUGCUAGCCCCAUAAUGGCAAUUAUUGAAAAAUCUUCUACAGAAUCAAUUAAAACAGUUGAAGAGACAUAUGAUAACUAUAUUAUAGUAUUUCGUGAGUCUGUUGACUAUAUAAAAGCUCAAAUGCACUAUUUGUGGGUUGAUAGUCUUCAUUUAAAAUUAUUUCAAGGAUAUGGACAAAAAAUAUUAGGAACUAGUAAUGAAAAUAUUAAGACACAUCAGUGGUUAAAUCAUGAGUAUGAAAUUUCUAACAGACUUAGAGGGUAUUCUGGGAGAUUUCCUGAUGAAAUUAUUGAAUUGAUUCGUAAACAUGAUGAUGUUGCAUUUGUUGAAAAAGAUCAAAUUGUUCAUACAAUGAUGAUACAAAAAAAUGCUGAAUGGGGAUUGGCACGCGUUUCUCAUAAAGAUAUGCUUAAUUUUUCAACUUUUAGUGAAUACGAUUUUGAUUCUUCCUCUGGUCAAGGUGUCACAGUUUAUAUAAUUGAUACGGGAAUUAAUAUAGAACAUAGUGAUUUUUGUGGUCGUGCAAAAUGGGGAAUAACUAUUCCUCAGAAUACUCUUGAUGUUGAUGAUAAUGGACAUGGUACUCAUGUUGCUGGUAUUGUUGCUGGUUCAAAAUACGGUGUAGCAAAAAAUGCUAUUGUUGUUGCUGUAAAGGUUCUUAAAGGUGAUGGGUCUGGACUUUUAAGUGAUGUUAUAAAAGGUAUUGAAUGGGCUGUUGGAAUGUAUUUGAAAGAUAUUGAGGCUCUUACAAAUAAUACAUCAUUUAAAGGUUCUGUUGCUAAUUUGUCUUUGGGUGGUGCAAAAAGUAGAAUUUUAGAUUAUUUUAUAGACAUUUCUGUGAAUUUAGGUUUACACUUUACUGUAGCAGCUGGUAAUGACAAUGAUGAUGCAUGUAAUUACUCUCCUGCUUCUUCCGAAAAUGCUAUUACUGUUGGUGCUGUUACCAUUUUAGAUAAUAAAGCGCAGUUUUCUAAUUAUGGGAAAUGUGUUGAUAUUUUUGCUCCUGGGCAAAAUAUUAUUUCGACAUGGAUUGGUAGUAGUUUAGCAACCAUGUCUCUUUCUGGGACAUCUAUGGCAUCUCCACAUGUAUGUGGAUUAGUUGCAUAUUUCUUAUCUUUGGUUUUUAAAGAUUCUAAAUAUGACGUUUUUUUUACCUCUGAUAUGCUUAAGAAAAUGAUUUAUGAUUUGGGAAAUAAAGAUGUAUUACAUAAUAUUCCUCAAUCAACAAAAAAUCUUCUUGCUUAUAAUGGUUUUGGCCAUAGAGAUAACUAUUUUAAUAAAAUUAAAAAUAAUAUGAUUACUAUAUAA